GGCUGCGAGAGCCGCUGAGGGCACGGCAGAGCAGGCGGAGGCAGGCGGCUGGCCGGGGAGGCAAGGCGCGGCUGCUGCAUUUGGCUCUGGUCAUGGCAGCGGCGCCCCUGAAAGUGUGCAUCGUGGGCUCCGGCAACUGGGGUUCAGCUGUUGCAAAAAUAAUUGGUAAUAAUGUCAAGAAACUUCAGAAGUUUGCCUCCACUGUCAAGAUGUGGGUCUUUGAAGAAACAGUUAAUGGGAGAAAACUAACAGACAUCAUAAAUAGUGACCACGAAAAUAUAAAAUAUCUCCCUGGACACAAGCUGCCAGAAAAUGUGGUUGCUGUCUCGAAUCUCAGCGAGGCAGUGCAGGAUGCAGACCUGCUGGUGUUUGUCAUUCCUCACCAAUUCAUUCACAGAAUCUGUGAUGAGAUUACUGGAAGGGUGCCCAAAGAAGCGCUGGGAAUCACCCUCAUCAAGGGGAUAGACAAGGGCCCCGAGGGGCUGAAACUCAUUUCCGACAUCAUCCGAGAGAAGAUGGGCAUUGACAUCAGUGUGCUGAUGGGAGCCAACAUUGCCAACGAGGUGGCUGCAGACAAGUUCUGUGAGACCACCAUCGGCAGCAAAGUAAUGGAGAACGGCCUUCUCUUCAAAGAACUUCUGCAGACUCCAAAUUUUCGAAUUACUGUGGUUGAUGAUGCAGAUACUGUUGAACUUUGUGGUGCUCUUAAGAACGUUGUGGCUGUGGGAGCUGGGUUCUGCGAUGGCCUCCACUGUGGAGACAACACCAAAGCCGCUGUCAUCCGCCUGGGCCUCAUGGAAAUGAUUGCGUUUGCCAAGAUCUUCUGCAAGGGCCACGUGUCCACAGCCACCUUCCUGGAGAGCUGUGGGGUGGCUGACCUGAUCACCACCUGCUACGGAGGCCGGAACCGCAGGGUGGCCGAGGCGUUCGCCAGGACUGGAAAGACCAUUGAAGAACUGGAGAACGAGAUGCUGAAUGGGCAGAAACUCCAAGGACCUCAGACUUCUGCUGAAGUAUACCGCAUCCUCAAACAGAAGGGCCUGGUCGACAAGUUUCCAUUGUUUACUGCAGUAUAUCAGAUCUGCUACGAAGGAAAAUCUGUUCAAGAUAUGUUGUCUUGUCUCCAGAGUCAUCCACAGCAUAAAUAAAGUGAAUCAUGCAACAUGUUGAGGAAAUUUCUGCCUUAUAGUCAGUCUUUUGGAUUCAAAAGAAAACCAGAACUUGCAAGAAGAUGGUUGCUUGACUAUAAUUCCAUCAUGGAUGUGUAUGAAUUUUUACAGGUUCAAUUUUGAAUUAGAAGAGGCAGUUCGUUGGCUAAGAUGUACUUUGCAACAACUCAACGCACAUAUGUAUACCUGUGAGCGCAUGUUCAUUUCUCAUUCUGUGGUCUUUUAUAUGAACCAAAUUAAAGGUCCUUUUUAAAAAUUACUUUGAAAUUUGCCACUGUGGUAGCUUAUAAGAUUGAAACUAUCUCAGCCAAAUUUUUGAGAUCUAACUCAUAUGUUUUUGAGUGGAAGCAUUUUUUUUUGCAUUCUUUUGAUAUUAAAAUUUAAUCAGCAUUAACAUAAUAGAAUAGAGGAGAGAGUGUGUUCAAUGAUCAACAUAUUGUAUCUUUUAAACACUAUUUCAAAGCCAGCAUAAUUAACUACUUUGAUUGUGGGUUGAUCUUUUUUUACCAAUUAGAUAUUUUUAAUUAGGUAAGCCACUUAUGUAUUUUCCUCUCUCUGCAGCUUUCUGCAUUUUUAGCCCCUUUUCUCUUUGUUAGCUGCCAGUGUGUGCUUCAUAAAGGCUUGGCAGUAGCAGAGGACAGAAAACUCAUCUGGAAUUUUCCUGCUGUGACUGACAACAUUCUUCUGGAUGACAAAAGACACUUGUAUGAUGCUUUUUGUUAGUGUUUUUUUGCAAAUGUCUCUGUGAAGCCUCACGAAUCCCUUUGGAGAGGACUGCUAUUAUUCCUUUUUUAAGAUGGACUUGCUGUGUCUGGUCACCUGGUGAGUAAGGGCACAGCCAGGAGUCAAGUCCAGAGCUCCUCUACCCCACCAAGGACCCACACCUUCUAAGACCUCACAGGCUGAUUGGAACUCUAGCUAAAUAGCUGUGGCAAAUGCAGCCUUUCCUGCGACUUAGGUGGUUGUCUAGAAUCGUGCCACUCAAAGUGUAGUCCACAGUCCAGCAGGAUCAGCUUUGCUUGGGGUUUCUUAGAAAUGCAGGUUCCCAGGUCCUGCCCCAGACCUCUUCAACCUCUUCAAUUGUAAUCUGUGCUUUACAUGCCUUCCCCUAUGUUUCUGAUGCACACUAAAUUUUGAGAACCACUGCUUUAGAAAAUUUACUUUAGAUUGGUAUUGUUCAAACCAUGUUUCAUAGAAAAAUAUCCUGGGCUCCAGUGGUUGUUCCAGGUGUUGUCUGGAAAGGUCAACUGAAUUUGGGAAAAUCUGCAUUUAUACACUUCUUGAAGGCGUAGAAUGCAUGUUAGUCAUCAUGGGAUCUGUUUAAUUGUAUUUAACCCACAAAGUCCCAAACACAUUAGACUGUGGAAGGUUGUUUUUUUUUUGCAAGGAAACUAGUGUUCCGGGGACCACGACUCGGUAACACUCUUCUUGGCCCAGGGUGACCUUAGGACAGCUCAAGUAUGUCUUUCACUCCCUGUGAGAACUCAGGAUGAAAAACUAUCUGUGAUAUUGUUAGUUCUGAACUCCUGCAGUUCAGACCUGCCAUGAAUCUUUGAUGAAGCUUUAAGGGGACACUGUCACAUACAACCAAGUGGAUGUCAGCCGCACUGAAACGCACAUUAUAUGGAAUAAGUGCUUUAAAUUCUACAAUUAGAAUAGAAAUGACUCCCUUCUUAAGUGAGACCAGUUUCAGAUUAGCCUUACGCAGACACCUUGCAUAACACUUGUUAAGUGUUAAAGGAACAUAAGAAUGUUGAUUAUGUAAUCAUGGAUUUUCAGUCUCUUUUUGAGAUUUUGACCCUACCCCCCAGUGUGGGAUUUUUUUCCCUUCUGAAUGAUUGUUGAAUAAAUUUUUGUUGAAAUUUAAACUCUAUCCAAAAUAUUUGUGGUACAUUUUAAACCCCAGAAGUAUAUGAAAGCACAUAAAAUGCUACAGUUUUCCGAGGUUUUAGUGCCAUUGUUAAGUCAGUUAACUUUUGCUUGUCUAGUGGUAAAUCUUUUUAAAAGUUUGUACGUAGGUAACAAAGUGUUACUUUUUAAGAUACAUAAAGGGCUGUAAGCUAAUUGUGGUGACUACUAAGUAGGAUAAUUACAUGUGAGGAAUUAGGAUUUUGUGUGUUUUGUAUAUUCUCGUCUUCAUUUGGCUUCCAAUUCUGGGUUCUGUACUUUGAGAGUUUUUUCUCUACAAAUGCUAUCUUGCCACUUUGAAAUCUGUUGACUGUAUCUCUUGAACAUACUUAUAAUAUUCUGCCCAUUAUGAAAAAGACUAAUUUUAUAAGUUUGUGCUCUGCUACUGUAGAUAUUUAUUACUCUAUAAGUUAUCUAUUUUUGUAACCACCUGUGGUCCAUCAUUUAUUUUACUUCACAUUUCUUAUUAAUUAUGGUAGUAAGAAGGAUGACAUCUAGAUCAUAAGCUUAAUUUGUACUAUUUCAACUAAUCUGUGAAUGUAAAAAUACACUGUUGCCUUGAUAUAAUCCAACUGACUAUAAUGUGGAAUAAAUAUCUAUCUUGAAAUCCAUCCUAGGAGGUAAAGUCAUGAUAAGCUUCUUCUCGUUUUUCAUUUAACUCUUAACCAUAACAUGGCCCCAUGGCAUUGACCCAAGGAUCAUGUGGUGGUGGGAUGCCAGUGUAUAAAAGGAACUUUGGUUUUUCCACUAGUUCUAAUUUACUAGCCUUUUAUUUACAUGUGUACUAUAUUUGUUUAUGGAUUGAUGGAUGGUAGAUACAUAAUUUAAAAGCUUGGUUUAAUAAAAUUUAAGCCAUCCCCCCAAACCUG